GGCGCGCGGACCCCGGCCCGGUUCUGACCGGCCUGGCCAGCACUCCCGCGCAAACACCAUGCUCUUCUAUUCCUUUUUCAAGUCCCUUGUGGGCAAGGACGUGGUGGUGGAACUCAAGAAUGACCUGAGCAUCUGUGGAACGCUCCAUUCUGUGGAUCAGUAUCUCAACAUCAAAUUAACGGAUAUCAGUGUCACCGACCCUGAGAAAUACCCCCAUAUGUUGUCGGUGAAGAACUAUGUUCAGUUGCCAGCAGAUGAGGUUGACACACAGUUACUGCAAGAUGCAGCAAGGAAGGAGGCCCUGCAGCAGACACAGUGACAGUCCCGCGGCCCUCUGCCCUCCUGGCCCAGCCAGGACCCUCCCCUAGAC